GGAUAAAUGCGGAUGACGUGAGAGUUUCCGUUGCAGCUCCUGCAGCACGAGGGGAAGCGAAUAACGAGUUGCUGGAGUUUAUGGGGAAGGUGCUAGGCUUGCGCUUGUCGCAAAUGACACUGCAGAGGGGCUGGAGCAGCAAGUCAAAGCUCCUCGUGGUUGAGGAGCUAUCGGCGCGGGAGGUGUACAAUAAGCUGCUGGCAGUUAUACCAGGGCAAGGAAGGGGCUCGGAGUGAGCGGGCUUGAGGGAGGAAGAGAGAAAGAGAGUAGUUGCGCCCACAGUCAUGUUUGCUCAAAAGCGGCUGGCCGUGGCUCUUUGUGGGAGCUAGCUGGAAGCAUUAGCCGUCAGAACGGUUGGGAUACAUCAGUGGAUCGACCAGCAGCUUGCCUCCGGAAGUUGAAGCAGCGAACUAGCCCUGCUCGUGGUAUUGUGGCCGGGCAGAUGUGUUGUUGACUUUAUGCCCCGCCGUCCUGUUCGUGGUAUUGCGACCGGGCAGACGGGCUGGCUUCUAGUGAUAAAAGAGGCAUGCGCGUGCGAUCGUCUGAUCAUUCUUAAGCUGCAACUACCAAUGGCGUGCAUCUCUAUUCGAACACCCGAUGAGCGCUCCGGAGUCCGGACCUUUCCCAGGGCAGGGUUGUGAAAUGCUGUAUCUGAAAGAUCACACUGUGGAGCAACCGACACCUAGGUCGUGGAAACUUUGGUUCUGUAUGCGGAAUGCCCUGCCGGCUCUCAAGGUUUGUGUACUUGGCUUUUGGGGAGCAUCAUCAAAGGGCAUUCUCAGGGGAAGGCUCGCUAUCGCUCAAACAGAACUGCCCCUGGUAAUUGUAGGCAGAGAGGGGAGAAGAGGACAACAAACGAGGGGCUGUGGCUUUUGGGGAGCAUCAUCAAGGGGCAUUCUCAGAGAAGGCUUGCUGGUGGGUGGGUCGGUGGGUGUGGGUGGACGGAUGGCGGACAGGACCGUGCUUUCCAUCGGGGGGGCUCUGUGGAUGAUCGUGUCCACGGUGCUUGUUAAGUUUUUACGAGGGAAAAGAGGUUUCUGGUCGGUGUUUUGACUUGUUAAUUUUUAUUUUUAUUUUUACAGAAGGGUGUGUGACAUGGCUCUGCAGUCAAUAUCGCCGACAAGAUGUGCUUUCAGUGGAGUCCGUGUGAAGAGUUCUGCCAAUCGGCAUGUGGAAGUGCAGUAGCUGGCAUUGCUAGACGCGUACUUGUUGUCUUUUUUUUUUUUUUUCUUAUUACUCGUGUUUGUUGUCGUUGAGAAGUCCUUUGAAGUCUUUGUUGCCCGCUGUGUAGGUAGGGUCGCUGAAUCUGAUCAUUUAAGUCGUCGAUGUGCUGCGAUUCUUUUCGGUUAUGGGUUUAGUGUUUUGUCAGUCGAGGCAGCCUGAAACGAAGUGUUCAUGCCUAGUUAGUGGUGUCUAUGACGGUGGGCUCAACUCAAACCUGUUCUUCACUUUUUUUAACGAUACGUGUCAGUCGUAGUUCGUUUUAAGUCGCUCAGCAGCUCCGUGCACUGAUCUGUGUUACACUGGUACUGCAAUUUGUUGUUCCUACAGGAGGAGAGUUUCUUUCAGGAGCUGAGGUGUGGCAUGAGGCAAGCCUAUGAGCCAUUUUUAUCCUCUUAAUGACAACAACUACAACUACAAAACAACAGGACCAAGGGUUUGGCGAAUCAACGGCUGGGAUGUUGCGAAGGAGCUGGCGAUCAGAGAUUUGACAUGGUUCAUAUUUGUGUAAGUUUUCUCUCUUUCUUGUGCUGUCGCCUGCAUGAGUUGUUAUUUUUGUAGCGGUAGCGGAGUAGCGGAGUGAGAGGUCUCAGGGACUCUGGCAUUUCUGGAAGUUAGUGGUCCCCCCCUUGGAGUAUUUUGUAGGUUUUAAGGCUUUAAGCUGUGUUCGACGGUAAAUUGUGAAGGAGGGAGGCGUCGAGGCGAUGUAGGUUUUGACUAAGAGAUGGCGAGGAUGAUGAAAGAAGCUUUGCGAGGACGUAGUGUAGAUUCUGUAGAUGGAAGCGAUGGUUUAUUGGUCUUUUAGAGUGCAUCCUUUGGGCGAGAAGCGACACUGAGCUUACGGCCUGUCAGGAGCUAUCCUUGACUUGCUGCGCUUUACCUUGUUGGCUAAGUUUUUUUUGGCACUUGAUGGUGUCUGCACUCUGAAGGAACAGAAAUGUGGCUCUCUGCACUCCAGAGGCACUGAAUUGUGGUUCGUCGGACUUUUCCGUGUCUGUGUUCUUUAUCUGCCUGCCCUGGUAGUGUCUGCAUUCUGCUACAGACCUGUGGUACAUACCCCACUCCUCUGGCGGAUUGAAUGUUCUCGAGGACUAGACCCAGGCGCGUCCACUGUUUAUCCCAUGACCAUUUCUCUUCAGAGAACUGUUCCCAAUGAUCCGCCCACCACUUCCAAAUACGGUUCGAAGCCGAACAAUCCCACCAAAGGUGGACCGUUGAUCAUUGAGAUCCACAGGCAUCUCGGUCAAAAUACAGGGAAAAAGGGGUCGAGGCCCUUGAGGGCGGGGGGAAACGGUAUCCGAACCUCAGGGUGCACAUGGCAACAGUUCUGGAUUUCAACUAGGAGAGAAUGAAAUGUGAAAACACUG